GCUGAUUUGGCGGCAUAAAUGAAUCAAGGUCGGGGCUUGGAAGGUUAACUUGAUUGGAUAGUUGGGUCCUCUUAUUACUCAAAAUGAUACUUAAGAAUUCAUGGGAGGGGUCAUUUUGCAGAAUUCUGUGAUUAAGUGGCUUCGGAGGCUAUGAAUGUAUACAUGAAAUACCGCUCCAUCACUCAUCGAUGUUUACUAAUCAGCGACCAAAAAAGUUUGAUUUUUCUGAAGGCAACAAAAUAAGAUUAUUGUUUAUGAAGGGAAAUUUCGGCGAUGGUUAGUUGAUUUUGGGAAUUUAGUGACCCUCUAUCUGACUCCCAUUUGCUUGUAUGCUGAUCGUCAUCGAAAUAUAUGUAUCGCCUUUACUCUUAUAUAAUUAUGGACUCAGUCCGCCUUAUUGAACGUGGAAAAAUGCAAGAAUGGACCAUAAAUAUUUAUAUUCCAUCAACUUAUUGAUUUGAACAGACAAUCGGGGUAACGAUGUGAAGAAAGCAAAUAGGAAUGAGCAAAUUGGAUCGGAAUGACUGAUAAUAGAAAAGGCGAGUGAGCCAACUUGCUUAGGCUAAAUGGUUGUUCAAAAUUGGUGCGAGGAAGUAAGAUUUGAAUUCACGGUUGGACGUUGUGGUUAGAAUUUGUCAUUAAGGUUCUCAUCGUCGAUUGAUAUCAUUUAUGAUGUCGAAAUGCUAAUUAGCUAUAUAGGUGAAUAAAUUUCGCCCUGUUAUGCUCCCUCACUAAACUCAAGACAUCAAGAGGAUUACAGGCUAAUAUCUGCAUAUUCUACAAUCUGAAAUAAUGUUUUUCUGAUUGUUCUCUUUUUCGACGUUCAAAAGCAUAAGAAAUAAGUAUUAUUUGGGAUAAAUGACGCUUUAGUACAUGAGUGUAUCAUUUGCUCUUCUAAAUAAGAGCUUUAGAUUUUGUAAUACUUCCAAAAUACUGUAUUAUCAAACUGCUUCUCCAACUCACCCACUCUCCUUUCCGGUCGAAGUUGCUCAUAAACUUUGAUGUUUUCUAUAUUAUAGUCGCUUAACAAUUUAUUACCAUGUAUCUAUUUAUGUACUUAUAUUGUCCUUCAUUUGUCUCUCUGCUGAAGAUGCGCGCAGUGUUAAUCAAAACCUUUUCACACACAUCGGUUCUCGAAUUAUGGUUUCAGAAUGUUUAUCAGUUAAAGGAGAAUUUUCACUAUUUUUCACCCCGUUUACUUAUAACCCUACCGUCAAGCAUUUGUGGUGUAAGACAAGCUAUAAUUCGUGGUCGCUCUAGAUUCUGAUACUAACUAGUAUAACAAAAUAAGUAUAAUUUGUUCUGAAGAAAGUAACUUAUAUAGGAUAUCAUCACUUGAGUUCAUUCUAUUUUUUGAAUACUUCUAACUAAGUUGUCCUUGUUGAUUAAUCUUUAGUGUUGAAAAGAUUCGAAAAAUUUAUAUUGUACCAGAAUUUUUAAAUACAAGUGCAAGCCAGUUUAUAAGAUUAUGGGCUUGCUUCAAAAUAGUCUUAUCAGAUGCUGUAAAUACAAAACUACUGUGUAAGAUAAAAUGAUGAUUCAGUCAUGCUCAACGUGGAAGCUGAAAAAUUACACAGGUUUAAGUUGCUACAUCUCAUUAACUCAGCAAAAUGAAACUCAAAAUAAAUUCUAGAGUAGUACAGUUAGUAACAUCGUUAGUAGUGGUACAAGACAUUAGGCAUCGAAGGUGCGAUUCUAGAAUAAAAUAUAGAGUAGUGGAAUAAAAACUUUUUGUUUGGUAGUUUGAAAAAUACAGAUCUUAGGAAAGACAAAUCGGAUACUGCUGCGCGAUUGUGAACAGUUCUGAGCCAUGUCACCUAUAGUCUUGAUCCAUGGAUUACGAAAAUCGCGCGUAUUCCAACUGGGUAGCUUACAUUUGCUUGUAUAGCUCAGUCCAACAGUCAGUGUCUUUACGGACUGGUAUCAUUUUUUGGUUUGGCGGCCCUUUGUUCUCUCGCAGCCUUUUCCUACAAUCCAUAAUUUCCUGUCGAGGUAAUCAGCGGAAGGGCAUACCCAAUACAUGUCUUAAGUAUCUGCUUGUUGAGGUGGAACACUUUAAGUCCCACCCAAGUAUUUUUCACUGGUUUUAACUAUGUACUUGAGUGUUAAAGCCUCCUGCCACAAUUAAGUCUAGGCGUUCGGUAUUUGCAGGGGAUCGAAAAGCUUUAUGUAAAACAUUCUCUAUUUCGUCCGAACUUCAGUGAAAGCAUAAGAAUAGAUGAUGAAGAGCCAAAGGCGUGUUUCCUUAUCUUUUCUUGUUCUUACUUCCCCAUAUAGUCUGGCAACGCACAAGUCGCUGUUUUAGGAAAUUCAGUUUAGAAGGCCUUAUUCUGCUUUAUAACUUAGUACUGUACAUACACCGGGAAACCCAAGAGAAGCCACAGUCAAGUCCUCAGAUGCACAGAGGGCAAACAGUGUGGUUCCUCUUAUUUACUAAUGAGGUUAGGUGAAUGACCACUCUUGAAUUCUGUAUGCGUAUUUUGGAGACACAGUAUAUAUCAAUGGCACUAACUUCUAGAAUCCUAGCUAAGGAAGAUUGUUAGUCUGUUUGAAAUAAAGUCCUGACAUUUUGUUUAGGUCGCGGUCUUGAGAGACUCAAACAGCGUUUGUGACUUAUGAAGAUAAAGUCAUAGAAGAGUUGACAAUGGUGAUAGAAAGAAGUGAGAAGUGACGAAGAGCUUUGAUCGAAAAGAUCUCUAAUGGCGGUUGUCACUUCCCGAUUGCCCACACCAUGGAAGGAUAUUUCUACUUGAGAAAACUGAGGAAGAGAUUGGGUUGGUAGUAGUGCUGGCCUAGGAGCGUGAACUCAGUGGACAACUGUUUUAGGCCAGUCAUGCACGGUUUUUCUGUGAGGUUUAUAAUGUGUUGGCUCCGUGUUUCAAAAGACCUUACCACCGGAGACGGAAAUCCGUGGGGUAAGGUGGGGUGUGGCAUUUUUAGGGCUGAUCUUUCCCAACUCACUCUCCCCCAUGUGACAAAGCUGCAUCGCUGCAGAUGCUGGCUGUCUGAGGGGAACACAGUGCUGUGAUAUCUUUGUACAAUCAGCAGUGCAACUUCGUCCUUGGACCGCAAGUUGUCGCUUUUAGUCUUACUGUUUCCUAACCGACCUACCUGGUAUUGUAGGGCUUAAAGGAAAAAGUUCCAGUCAAUAUGACUUGAUGAGCAUUUUGUGAUAGACAAACCAUCACGUCUGAUGAUUAUUAAAUCACGCUUAUUUUAGAUAAAUACUAAUAUGGCCGUACCAAAUGUAUUCCAUCAUUCUACCAGGUACUUGGUUAUCAGCCAUCAAAUAAUGGGUUCAGUCUCUCUACAUAUAUUUCAGUUUUUGACGGAGUUUUGUUCUUUGAGCUGGAUGGUUUUGUCGUGGAGCUUUCAGAUGGAUCAGAGAACAAAACUCCAUCAAAACCAUCCACCUGAGCUAUAAAUCUUCCCCACCAUCUCAAUAUAUUUUAUUUUCCAUUGUCUUGUAAUAACUUCAAUCCUUUUGAAGUAAUAUAGUAAUAAUAUCUGUAAUGCCCAGUCAGUAUUUGGUAGCUCUUCUUUUUGUCGUUUAGACCAGUAUGGAGUGCCUGAGUUUGGAAUCGAGCGCAGUUUGUGACAAUCAAGCUACCAAUAACAUCAGAAAUUCCAAACCUAAAAGCGAUGCAUCUAAGAAAAAGAAAACAUCCAAAAAGUCACAUCACCAUUGCAGUCACAAACAAAACAAUAAUGAUUGCUGCAAAACUGCUUGUAAACCCGACGUUCUACGAAAUCUUUCAACCGUAAUUCAAAACUGGAAGUUGGGUGAUAAAGCUCCAUGCCACAAAACAGCAAAUAUUGAAAGCACUUUUAAAAACAUUGAGAAACGAAUCAUUCAUGGAAGUGUUGAGAAAGUUUCACCUGAUUGUCAGGCUCCUGGAGGUGGACUAGCUUACCCUAAAGAAACCAAGUUUAUUUUUCAUUAUCAAAUUCGUAAACUGGAUGAAGACCGUACCGUGAUUGAUGAUACCCGUAGGUAUGGAAAAACGAUGGAGGUGUACUCGGGAAAAGAAUUCCAACUGGAGUUUUGGGAACAAUGUUUAGGAACUAUGUUGCCUGGUGAAGUUUCAUCAUUUAUUGUACCACCUGAAAGGUUGGCUUCAUUUCCAGCUGUAAAUAAAAAACUGCGUGAUUACAUGUUAAAUAAAAAAGAUCAUUCUGCAAAACACUGUUGUGGAUUGAUGAGCUUACAAGAACAAGGUGGUUUGGGCUACCCAGAUCUGGACGAGUUGAUGAUGAAACCUGAAGCACUUGAAUUUAUUUUUGAUUUAGUUAAAGUUGAAAUUCCAGGCACUGGUAGUCGUAAAGAAACAUGGAUAAUGACGCCUGAAGAGAAAUUGGAAACUGUACCAGUUUUACGUGAAGAAGGUAAUCAGUUGUAUAAUCGUGGGGAAUAUAAUAAGGCUGCUGCAUGUUAUAGUGAAGCGUUAGGCAUUUUAGAACAAUUAGUUUUACGAGAAAAACCAGGAGAACCUGAGUGGAUUGUAUUGGACAAGUUACAAAUACCGCUAUUCGUUAAUCUUGCACAAUGUCAAUUUAAAGAAAAAGACUAUUAUGCUGUAAUAAAAAAUACUACUGAAGCCUUAUCACGAGAUCCUACAAAUGUAAAAGCACUUUAUCGCAGGUCUAAGGCGUAUAUAGAAACUUGGGACUUUGAUCUAGCUGCUGAGGAUCUACGUAAGCUAGCCAUUUGUCGUCCGGAAAUGAAGAACACAGUCGAAAAUGAACUAAACAUUAUCGAGGCUAAACGUGUCAAUGAAGAAAUCAAAGGAAGACAAAAACUAGCUGGGAAACUCUUCGCUUGUCCAAAAUCAGUCGCAGAAUCAAAUAUAUUAUAAUGUAUCAUAAUAAAUUCGGAAAUAUUCAUGUCAGUAUUAUAUGUACUUUGAAUAUCUGAAAAUGGAUUCAAGGUUUGUGCAUUUAUGAUGGAACAGUCGUAUUUUUUUUCUGCGUCUAUAUAUUUCCAUCUUAAAUAUCUUGACUGUGAUAUAACUACUUGCACCAGUAGCUUUUUUUAAUUUCAUUUCAUAUGUGGAUUUUCUUUUGAUUGUAUGUACCCAUUAUAUUGUAAAUACUAUGUUGAAAAUG